AUGUCUUUCAAUCCGGGGUUCAACUACGAGCCGCUCCUAAACUCAAGCUCAAUUCGAGUGCUUCUCAUUAACCCAGGGACAGCGCAUGAUGAGAUACACUGCCAAUUCUUGCCCUGCGAUCUCAACGCCGACCAUGACAUAUUCCCCGAGUCUCCGAGACCACUCAAGGUGAAAAGCGUGGGGCAGAACACAGAGACGGGCCAAAACUUCUUCAUUUCCUGCGACAUCAUGCUCGACGAUGCACCAGGCUCGCAGGGACAACGCUUACACCCCUUUCAGCGCUACAAAGCCUUGUCCUACGUAUGGGGCGACGCGUCCGACCUGCAGACCAUCAAACUUGAGGGUAAGAACUUCCUCGUCACGAGAAACUUGAUGGCGGCCUUGAGGACAAUACGCCGCCCUCGAAAGGCCGUCAGAUUCUGGAUCGACGCAAUCUGCAUAAACCAGGCCGACCUGGAGGAGAAGAGGACGCAGAUCCCCCUGAUGGGUCGAAUAUACCGCCAGGCCAAGUGCGUCUGGGGCCAGGUGCUGCCGUCAUUCGAAGAGACCGAGAGCCUCGGGGAACUGAUGCUUGCCAUCGGGGCGGCCGGCAUGGCCCUGGAGAAGGACCAUGGGGCCCCGGGCCGCGACCAGCAGGUGUUGAGUGCGGAGGCCACUGCAGGUGGCCCGUCCAACCCAGGCGUACCAGAGGAGGGUACGGGUUCUCUCAUAUUCUCCAAACACGCCCUCGAGGAAUACAACCUGCCCCCCGAGGCCAGCCCCCUGUGGCAGAGCUGGAGGGGGCUCUUCGGCUCCCCGUACUUCCGAAGGAUCUGGAUCCAGCAGGAGGUUGUCCUGGCCAAGAAGUUCAAAUGGUUCCUGGGGAACGCAUUUUUAGACCACCAUGUGCUCUCCACCUGCAUGGAGGUCAUGCGGAGGUACAGCCGCGAGUUUCGGGCCGCGUAUCUUCACCCACAGGGCACCGCCAUCAUGUCUUUGCGGCCAACCGUGGCGACAGAGGACAGUUCAGCAUACGUCCAGGCGUUGGCGGAGAUGGACUACGACGCGGGAAAUGCCAUUGCGUCCGGUUUCCUCGCAGCCGACAGGAUGCUUCAGGAGCGGAAAGCGGCCGAGGGCUCCAAGACGGACAGGCGUCUUAUAGACCUGCUGGCUGACUACCGAGACUUGUGCGCCAAUUGUCCCCGGGAUAUGGUCUUUGGACUGCUGGGUCUCGCAAAGGAUGCGGAGCGGUUCUAUGAUCUGGUAGACUAUUCAACGCCGCUCGAAAUUUUAUUCACCUGUCUGGCCCGCAGACUCAUAAGUCUUGGGCACGGUGUGGAGGUGCUUUUGCAGGCCUCGAACACCGCGCACACGAACGGCCUGCCAAGUUGGGUUCCGAACUGGACAUCGUCGGCCGUGACGCCGCGGGUGACUGCUCACGAGUACAGUCCCAUAAACAAGAAAGACUUUUGUGCAGGUGGCCAAGAUACCGAGAGCGUCAUGGAGGUCAUCCAAGAUGCCGAACGCCGCCCGCAGCAACCGGUGCUGCGAGUCCGCGGGCGCAUCAUAGACACGAUCAAGGACUGCAGCCUGGCAGCCCAGGCCGAAGAGCUGAUGCCCUGGUUACGUGAGACCUACCCCUCCACACGGCACCUCGCGCUGAGAGACGGAUCGCUCUCUGUCCAGUCUUCCUUUGCGUUCCAAGGGCUACGGUUCGCUAUCCAGCGCCUCCCCAGGGGACAGGAUCCAGGCCAGGGGGCUAGGUGGUUCUUGGAGGCGUGCUGUCAGGCGAGGCGUGACUUUUGGCAAGACCAGUCGUUGCACUCGCUUAGGCUGGGUUUCCUCCAGUUUGUGUCCAUGUACCUGGACGAUGACUUCUUCCUGGAGAAGGUGCGUGGGAGCUUCACCCCGCUGGACGAGAUGAUGCCCGUCAAGGACUUCAUGAAUGAUGUGUUGGUGCCGCUUGGUCGACAGCGGCGGUUCUGCACAACGGAACGCGGACUAUUUGGCCUGGUUCCGUUCGAGUGCAAGCCCGGGGACAAGAUCUUCGCUCUGCUAGGUGGUGCUGUUCCGUUGGUACUCAGACCAGUGGCGCCAGGCCCAGCAGCAGCGGACAAGGGUGGGAGGUAUCAGCUGAUCGGGGAUGCUUAUAUACAAGGGGUUAUGUAUGGAGAGGGGCCAUUUUUCGACGAAGUCCACGAGUCAGAUGUUCUUCUGGUAUAG